AUGGCGCCCCGAAAGCGAAAAGCGACCAAAAGCGAGAGUCCUGACAUAGACACGAAACAGGAUGCCGGUCUGACACACGCGCACAAGAAAGAGCGAUUGACCGACCUGCGAUCUCCACACCACAAUGCCAAACAAACCGAAGACUUUGGUAUCGUUCUACGCGACUUUUACCCCCCAGAAAUGGCAAAUGAGCGGUGCCAGGCCUACAAUGAUGGGACCCUUGAACGACCGAUCGAGACUCUGGAGAAGGCAUGUCGCGAUACCGCUGAGCACCGACGCUCCACGGAAGCAGGCCAAGCGGUGGUGCACUGGUUCAAGAGCGAUCUGCGUCUACAUGACAAUCGGGCCCUUAGGAUGGCCUUUGAAUUGGCCAAGGAGAACCAGGUGCCCCUAAUCUGCCUCUAUAUUCAGUCCCCCGAAGAUUUGACUGCUCAUAUCGCUAGUCCAGCUCGAGUGGACUUUACUCUACGCAGUUUGCAACGGCUCCAGCAGGACCUCGCCGAAUUGGAUAUUCCCCUCUACAUGGAGAGUGUAGAGAAGCGGAAAGCUAUCCCGAGCCGCAUUGUAGAGCUAUGCCAACAGUGGCAGGCCAGACAUCUUUGCGCCAAUAUUGAGUAUGAAGUGGAUGAGCUGCGCCGAGAUGCGAAGAUUGUGCGCCUGUGUGCUGAUAAUGAUAUUGAUUUCUCUCCCUCGCACGACACCUGUGUUGUCACACCCGGUGCCCUGAGCAGCGGGCAAGGCAGGCAAUAUGCGGUGUACACGCCCUGGUUUCGCUCAUGGUUGAGGUUCCUUAAAGAGAAUCCAGAUUAUCUGGAGGUGUCGGAGGAACCUGGAUCCAACCCGGGCGAUGUGCGGAGCAAGUUCUCUGAUCUCUUCGACUGCAAGCUACCCAGCGCGCCUGAGAAUAAAAAGCUGUCUGACAAGGAGCGGAAACGCUUCGAAGAACUCUACCCGGUGGGUGAGCACGAAGCUCUCCAACGAUUGGAGAAAUUCUUGGAAGAAAAAGGUCGCAAAUAUGAGGAGAUGCGCAGCAUGCUAUCUGGGCAGCACACAUCCAUCCUUAGCCCGUACUUCGCCUGCGGCGCUCUCAGUGCUCGCACUGCAGUAGCAGCAGCCAAACGAGCAAAUAAGAAUCAUCUCGACCGAUAUGACGCGGGCUAUAUGACUUGGAUCAGUGAGGUUGCCUGGCGUGACUUUUACAAGCACGUAUUGACCCAUUGGCCCUAUAUCUGUAUGAAUAAAUGCUUCAAACCAGAACAUACUAAUAUCGAAUGGGAAUAUGAUCUAAACCAAUUCCAAGCCUGGUGUGAUGGCAAAACUGGCUUUCCUAUCGUGGACGCCGCGAUGCGACAACUUCGCCACUGUGCAUGGAUGCAUAACCGGACCCGAAUGGUGGUUUCCUCUUUCUUAUCAAAGGACCUCUUGAUUGAUUGGCGUCGAGGAGAGCGAUACUUUAUGGAGAACCUGAUCGAUGGUGACUUUGCAUCUAAUCAUGGUGGCUGGGGGUUUGGCUCCAGCACCGGUGUUGAUCCCCAACCAUACUUUCGUAUUUUCAACCCUCUACGACAGAGUGAGCGAUUCGAUCCUACUGGAGAUUAUAUCCGGCGCUGGGUACCAGAGCUGAAGGAUGUGGAGGGCAAGGCGGUUCAUGACCCAUAUGAACGAGGUGCUGGGCCCAUUGCGGAAAAGAAUGGGUACCCUCGACCAAUCAUAGAGCACGCAGCAAGUCGGGAAAGGGCAUUGGCGCGUUAUAAGAAGGCGUUACAGAAAUAG